CCAUCUGUUUACAUUUUGCAUAGCCAUCAUGAUCAUACAAAAACAAAAUCAUAUGGUUAUUUCGACUACCAGUAUGUACAACCUCAAUAUCACGUCGAAAAAUUCCACACCGAUGAAAAACAUGCGAGAAAAUACGAUUCCGAUACUCAUUCAGCAGGAAAUCAGGAACGUUCCAAUGGGGGUUACUACAGUAAAGGACACGACAAGUAUCAGAAGAGCCAUGGGGCUCAUGGCUCUCAUCAUGGUGGCUACAAAGAACAUGAAGGCAGCCAUGGGCACUCCAAGAAUGGACAUGAAUCCGGUUACGGUAAGUUUCUAUUCAUCGCCCAGACCCGAUUAGCGCUUUCCUUGUAG